AUGGGACAAAUGUGGGUGAAAUGGGAAGUGCCCUGGCCGGAAUAUGCCCCGGAAGAUUUCACCAGUCCGGCGGCCACCAAGAAACCAUGGGCAGACACGCAGGAUCCAGGAGGCGGCAACUUCAAAUGGAAUGAUAACAAUGGUCCGGUGAAUCGACGCUCCUAUUUGGGGACAUACAAACUGGACAGUCAACACAGGCCGUUGAAUCCAAUGGGCCGUACGGGGAUACGUGGACGUGGUGUACUGGGUAGAUGGGGGCCAAAUCAUGCCGCCGAUCCGAUUGUGAGUCGAAUUUUCAACGGCCAACUACAGUUUGUUGCUAUAAGACGAUUCGAUUGCAAUGAAUGGGCAAUUCCUGGUGGUAUGGUGGAUGCUGAAGCGCUAGAUGGCCGAAACUAUCCGGAGCUUGAUGAGCUUUGGUGCAAGGGUGUUGAGCUGUAUCGUGGAUAUGUGGAUGAUCCUCGAAAUACAGAUAAUGCUUGGAUCGAAACAUUAGCAGUAAAUUUUCACGAUGCGGAUGGGAUUUUUGAAAAAAACAAUGUCUCACUGAAGUCAGGCGAUGAUGCUAAGGAGGCAAAAUGGAUCAACGCAGUUGGUCAUGAAAAGCUCUAUGCAUCGCAUGGUGACUUCAUUAAGCUUCUUGUCGAGCAUCACAACAUUCAGUAG